AUGGCUCAUGAGGAUCCAAAUCUCCCAAAGCCGCCAUGUUUGAGUACCUUCCUCCCUUAUCCGUUUAAUGCUCGUGUGGAUAGUAAGACUGGGUUUGUGUGCAUUGGGAAUACAGAGAAUGGUUUUGAACAGUGCGUGGGAGAGAUACCAGGUCCUGCUUCGAGAGUCCGCUACGCACGUGAGGAUCCAAGUCUCCCCAAGCCGUGGAAAGGUCUUGUGGAUAUUAGCAGCAAUCCUAAAGAGCGCAACAGAUGCUACCAAGGAUUCACGAGCCUUAGAUUUUGUUCACAUGAUAAGUUGUCUUCAAUACAAAAACUAGACUUUGAAGAGUUUUGUGCAUCAGCAUUAAGCGUUUAUCAGCUGGAAGCAAUGGAAACAUGGGAGCAACACGCACGCCGUGCUUACGAGUUGUUUGAGAAGGACAGGAACAGACCAAUCAUGAUUGAGGAACUUGCAUCGAUAUUUAAAUGUUAA